GCUGGGAGAGAGAGGAGCGGGAGAGCGACUGCGGGCUGUCUCCUUUAUUUAAAAUAAAUCUGUUUGUGUACAGAUACUUUCGGUGUGUGUCGGUUCACCUCAGCAUGGCUGUGGUCAUCCGCUUGCAAGGUCUGCCGAUCGUGGCGGGGACCAUGGACAUACGCCAUUUCUUCUCUGGAUUGACCAUCCCGGAUGGUGGGGUGCAUAUAGUAGGGGGUGAACAUGGUGAGGCUUUUAUCGUUUUCGCCACCGAUGAAGAUGCCAGGCUGGGCAUGAUGCGUACUGGGGGGACGAUCAAGGGGUCCAAGGUGUCACUUUUGCUGAGUAGCAAGACCGAGAUGCAGAACAUGAUUGAGCUUAGCCGCAGGCGUUUUGAAACCGGGAACUUGGAGGCGCCUGCGGGCAACGGUAGCAGACCGGGGCCUCCUGCCAGCUCUGGGGGGAGUGGGAGGGGUAGUUUGCCAACCACGAUGCAAGGCUUCAGCAGCCCCACUCCUAGCGUGGUGACCACGGCGGCCGCCUCCGCGCACGAGCCCGUAGGAAGCAAGAGCAUUCCCACGUUUUCCACGGCGAGCAUGUCCACCAUACCUCCUAGCUACAGCAACAACUUCAGCAGCCCCAGUCUCACUAUGGGCUCCACCAUGACCACCGCCAUAUCCACCCUGAACUCGGUACCACCUCCUAUGCCACCCUUACCCACCCUGCCAUCUCUACCACCCAUGCCUUCAAUCCCACCCAUGCCCGUUCCACCACCAGUAUCCACCUUACCCCCAGUGCCCCCCUCCACACCAAUACCCCCAGUGCCCCCUGUGCCCCCCAUAACACACAUGCCUCCUAUGUCCACAAUGCCACCUUUCAAUCCCGGUGUCCCCCCCCCAGUCGGUCCAGUGCCCAGUGGUUUGAGUGGCUCGGGGCCACCCAUGUCGAUGGGCAACCCCAACCACAUGUUCCUUGGCCCGAUGAACCCACUUGGACCCCUGAAUCCUCAAGCUCACCUCAAGCCCCCCGUGGUCAACCCGGAUGAGCUGUAUGUGCACCUCCAGGGACUGCCCUUCUCUGCCACCGAGAUGGAUGUGAGGGACUUCUUCCACGGAUUGGGGGUGGAUUCCGUCCGCCUGCUCCGGGACCACCUGGGCAGGAGCAGCGGCAGGGCCCUGGCCAAGUUUUUCAUGCCUCAGGACGCGUUUGAAGCGCUGAAGCGCAAUGCGGCAAUGAUGGGACAGCGCUACGUAGAGAUUUCCCCGGCGACCGAGAGGCAGUGGCUGGCCUCGGGCGGGGCGUCGAGCUACAGUGGGGGCCAGGGCCAGUCGAAACACGGCAGCGACCACUCGGAUCAGGACCACCACCGGCGCUUGAGAUCCAGCUCGGAGUCUCCCUCUGGGCGCGAUCGGGCGCGGUCCCGUUCUCCACAUAAGCAGGAGUUCUGCGUGUAUCUGAAGGGACUGCCCUAUGAAGCAGAGAACAAGCAGAUAUUCGAGUUUUUCAAAAACCUAGAUAUCGUGGAAGACAGCAUCUACAUCGCAUAUGGACCAAAUGGCAGGGCGACCGGAGAGGGCUUCGUUGAGUUUAGGAAUGAGAUGGAUUACAAGGCGGCUCUGGGUUGCCACAUGCAGUACAUGGGCAGCCGUUUCAUUCAGGUCCAUCCUAUCACUAAGAAGGGCAUGUUUGAAAAGAUAGAUGUCAUUAGGAAGAGAAUGCAGGGGACGCAGCAGGGUGACCAUAAAACCGGCUCGUUUGAAGGUGGGGGGGACAAGAGCUCCUCCAGAAGCUGCGCUCACAUCUCCAAUAUUCCCUACAACGUGUCCAAGAAAGACGUCCAGCUGUUCCUGGAAGGGAUUCAGCUGUUCGAGGACAGCCUCAAGGUCCUCGUGGACGGCAACGGCCAGGGUUUAGGGCAGGCCGUAGUGCAGUUCAGGUCGGAGGAGGAGGCGCUCAAGGCCGAGCGGCUGCACAGGCAGAAGCUGAACGGCAGGGAUGCCUUCGUGCACCUGGUCACUUUCGAGCAGAUGAAAGAGAUCGAGAGAAACCCGCCGCCCCAGGUCAAGAGAGGACAGAAAGUGCAGCUUCCCCAAGCUCACUCGUACCCUAGCGUGUCAGGGGAUGAGUACGCCUUCCUUAGGGGCAGUUCAGGAAGCAUAACCAAUGGGCCUCCCUUUGGCACGCUGUACAGCGCGCCUGGCAAUGGACUUGGGGGUCCUCCUCCCUUGCCCCCUGUAGGGGUAGGGGGCGGGCUGGGCGAUGUUCCCAUCAGUGUCCCUCCUCCAGUAGUCCCAGGCCACUUGCCCAGUCCGAUGCUGGAGCCCCCGGGCUUCCGGCCUGGACCCAGCAGCACCAGCGGGCCCCCGGUGUUUCCGGGGGGCCCCGAGAGCAUGAGGGGGCUGCCGCCGUUCGAUAACGGACCCCGAAAGAGCAGCGGGCCCCCGAGCCGAGGAGGAGCAGGCGGCGGCGGGCAGGGCCGGGCUGGGGGGUCACAGUCCGGCUACGGGCCCCCAUCCUCCGAGGCGCUGAGGGGGCCCCCCAGCUUGAGCGGGGGACCCGGGAGCCAGCGCCCCACCAUCGUUAAGAUUCAGAACAUGCCCUUCACGGUCACCGUGGACGAAAUCCUGGAUUUCUUCUACGGGUAUCAGGUCCUGCCGGGCUCGGUUUGCCUUCAGUUCAGCGACAAAGGCAUGCCCACGGGCGAGGCCAUGGUGGCGUUCGAGUCGCAAGACGAAGCCAUGUCCGCGGUCUUAGACCUCAACGACCGGCCUAUAGGGUCGAGGAAAGUGAAGAUCACGCUGGGCUAGAUGAGAGACAACCGUGUGCUGAUUGUUUUCUUUUCCAUUCGUUUGUGUUAAGAUCGCGAAACACCACAAGGAGCUGUGCUGUGUUACUUUGUGCUUACUCCUGUGGGGGGGGAAAAAUGUGUGGAAGAACAGUUUUACUAAACACAAAGGGUUAGUCUUAUGGAAUAGAACCUUUAUCUUAUUUUGUGUUGCACAAGACAGGGAAACAGCUGUGUUAUGGAUUUAACCCAGUAAUUUGAUUAAUCCCAGUAGGUUGGGGGGUGGGGGGGGCUCCUUCUUUUGCAGGGAAGGUUUCUUAAACCAGGUAGCGGAGAACUCAGCUCUGAAGCAGUGUAGUAAAGAAAUGUAGUUUGCUUCUGUAUGUCCAAAAGCUGACAUUUCCUUGUGUUGAGAAGCAUGUGAUAGUUUUGUUAAAGGACCCGACACCUCUGUGUAUUUGUAUUUUAAUUGUUGAAUGACGUUUCAUUUCUUCCUGCGCUUCUGAAAGAGAUCGAGCGUGCUGCCGGUACUGAAUACAUGACGUGGCUGUACGCUGGGGUGUGCACACACUGGGCCGCUUUAAGGUGGAAGUUUGCAAGGUUUUCUUGCGCUAGCUUGCUUUGCAAGCUUUCCGUGUUUUAGUUAAACCCCCUCAGCCUUUCCCUUGUAAAUGCAACACUAAAGCUGUCGGCCGCAAUUCAUGGGAAUCUCCCAGAUCUAACCAGAAUUAGUAAAAUUCAAAGCAUCUUGCAAGUGGUUAUUGAAAUGCGAUUUUAUUUUCCGGAAUUUUAAGCAGCAGAUGAGUCCCUUUUUCUAAAACAAUCAAGUGGCAGCAGCCUGAAUUUUUUUUCCUCUUGCAAGCCUUUACAACUAUGUACAGUAGUAUGAGCAUUUUUUAAAAAGGCAUCAUGUCUUGCUUAGAUGUCGUUCCUGUUUGGAAAUGCCUCGUUUUUUGGUUUUGUUGAACCAGAUCAUUUGUAAUAGAAAUGUUGCAUUCAUUUGGAUUCCUGACUGUGACUUUUCCAGCUGAAAUGUUGUUCUUGUUCUUUUUUUCCUUGUUUUGCAGUUGUAUAUACUGUUUAGUUUACACGCCUGUCAAAUAAACUGCAUUUCUAAAAGUGAAUUCAAUGAAAUGA